CGCCAUGUCUGAAGUGUUUGUUUCUCAGGUGCAGAUUUGGGCAGCAAUAAAGAAGCAUCCCCUCCACCCAAUGUGUCUUCUUUUCACACUACAGGAAGGUGCUGUACACAUUGAGUCGUCUUACCAAACUUACAAAGCCCACUCUCUGUUUCACCGCCUCACUUUCAGCUGGCUAGCUGCUCGUCCUGGUCCGAAGCUACUGCGCUCUGAAGGCAGCAAGAACCAGACCCGCCAUCAAUGCCAAGCUGGUCUUGGUCCUUCCGAUCCAUGCAUGACCUUUGACGGGGCCUCCAGUGCCCCCGCCAAUGACCCAAAGAUGGACAUCCACGCGGAAAGAGGCGGAGCGAUGGGUGGCGAGCGAGCAGAAGAAGGCGAAGGGGAGGAGCCUGUUUAUCAAGAGCUGUGGUUCAUCGUGGUGAUGGCGGCCAUCGCACUGCUGCUGAUGGGCAUCGUCUUAGCUGUCGCUCUCCACAAGGCUUUGAACAAAACUCCCCUGACCCGAGAGAGACCCCCCUUAGUGGCCACGACCAUGAAGAAACGAAACCCAAUGGCCGUUUAUCCAGCCAGCAACUCCAUGUUGUUUGACACUGUUCCUGAAACGGCGGGCGUGGCCAGCACUGUGACACUAAAGGCCUUCACCAUGAAGAUGGAGGAGGUGCUGGAGUCAAAAUGUGAGGGUGGGAUCAACCAGGACCAAGGGGGCACAACCUCCCUCAGGCGCAGCAUCAGCCAGGUGAUGGACAGGAAGUCGGUACCUGCAGACAAAGCGUGGGAACCGACUGUUUCCGGCCACGACAGCGGAAUGUUCAUGGACGAUGAGGAGUUUGUGGACACAAUCAAGGGUUUCAGCACCAUCAGGAAGGAGCACACUAUGUUCACAGACACCAACUUGUGACCUGCAACACCGUAAGACUGCAGCGGCUUGGUGAUGAAGAGCUGUCCCACUUGAGAGAUGGGAGAACAUUCUACACUGUCAGCUAAAAGAAGACCCUCAAUUGUUGUGGUACUUUCAUCAUCAUCCAACAAGAGCUUGGACGUCUUGGAACCAGCUUUCAUGAGCCCUCAUGUGACAAACGCUUGGAUGUUGUUGCUUGUAUGCGUUUGUCCAGGACGUAGGGCACUCUCGCAAUUUCAAAUAGAAAAACUAGAAAACAUUGACAAAUUGAAUGAAUUUUAAAUUAAAUAAAUGGAUGUUGAAUUGUUUUAAUUUCAAUAGAUAGUGUUAUGGCCAGUCUCAAUGUUAGUACACACUUGGAAUAUUAUUUUUCUUAAUCAAAAAUAGCCAAAUUCUAUUUAAUAAUCUAAAUUGCCCAAUUUGAAAUACCAAAAAGUCAUUUCUAAAAGUAGACUUCAAAUUCAACAAAAAGGGUUAAAUUUUAGUAUGAAUUGAAAAAUUCAUUUCCCUUUAAUUUUUUUACUAAAUCGAAUUUACUAAUUUGUUUCAAUACACAUUUAUGAAAAUUGUACUUACACCAUUUUUUUCAGGCACUUUUCCAAGAAAAAAAAGCUUCUCUAACACAAAAUGUUAGUAAAAAGAACAAUAGCAAUAUAAAAUUAAAACAUUUUGUGUCAAAAAGGGAGCAGGAAGAACGCUAAUGUUCAUAUGUAUAUAUCAUAUACAUAUACAUACAUAUCAUAUGCUCAUAUUCUAAUUAGAAACCUUUUAAAAAACAUUUGCUAAUUUUAUUAAAAUUGUAAAGCUGAUUGAAAAUAACCAAAAACAAUGUUUUUUAAUAUCUUCGUAUAAUUUCAAAGUCCAAACAAGGUUAUGAAAAUAGAAUUUUUUUUUUUUUUUUUUUACAAAAUGUGAAUUCUAAUUUCAAUAUGAAACUUUGGAAAAAAAUGUCUAAUUUGACAACUUGGAAAGAAAAAUAAAAUUAAAACAUUUUCUCGAAACGUGAAUUUGUAUUCAUUUAUUUUAACUAAAAAUUCCAUCCCCAAUAUAAACAAUUAAAAAAAUGUCCUGCUGAAAAAGACAAAAAUGAGAAUGACAAACAGGUCUUCUUUCACUUAUUCAUUUAUUUGAAAUGAGGUGCAAUGUGGCCACAAAACACUUUUCAACCUCUAGAGUGGACUGAAUGGUAACAAAAUAAACAAAAACAGUAACAAUAAAUUAAGAUACUGCAGUACCACGUGAGAGUAAACAUUACAAUCCCAAACGGGUCGGAAUUCUAUAACAAUACAACAAUUAAAAGGAGUUCAUGUACAACAUUUUUACAAAGGCAGUCUCUUUUAUUGUGUGUUUUUGUGUUGUAUAUAAAUAUAAAUCUCUAAAAUUGCAGUUACACUGAUUGGUAGAAAACCACAUUUCCUGUUUUCAAAUGGAAUAAAAAUAUGUUUGUGUGCGCGGUAUCUGCUGAUUACACUAAAUCGAUAAUUUUUUUUUGCUAGAUAAGACUUAAAAUUCCAGCCUCAAGUCAUCAGAAUCUAUUUUAAUCAACAGGAGGUUCAUAAAGUGGAGGCAGCACAUCACAGUUUAUGUAAAAAUAAAUCUAUAAAACGCUAU